AUGUCCAAGGUCUAUCUGAAUUCAGACAUGAUUAACCAUUUGAACUCCACAGUUCAGGCUUAUUUUAACUUAUGGUUGAAGAAGCAAAACGCAAUAAUUCGUUCUCAACCGCAAAUUAUUCAAGAUAAUCAAAAACUCAUAGGCAUUACAACCCUAGUUGCCUCAAUUUUCACUCUAUAUGUCUUGGUUAAGAUAAUCUCGACCCCAACAAAAUGCUCGUCAUCCUAUAAGCCAGUCAGCUUCUCUCUCUCAGCACCAGAGGCCGCUCAAAAUAACUGGAAGGGGAAAAGAUCUGUCUCCACUAACAUAUGGAAUCCUGAAGAACCAAACUCUAUUCAAUGUCAUUGUCCCGCCACAGGUCAAUAUCUAGGUUCAUUUCCAUCAAAGACGGAAGCUGACAUAGAUGAAAUGGUCUCUAAGGCAGGCAAAGCUCAAUCUACCUGGGGCAAUUCUGAUUUCUCAAGAAGAUUGAGAGUUCUGGCCUCUUUGCACGAUUACAUCCUAAAUAAUCAAGAUCUUAUCGCAAGAGUAGCGUGCAGAGAUUCAGGAAAGACGAUGCUAGAUGCGUCAAUGGGUGAAAUCUUAGUUACUUUGGAAAAAAUUCAAUGGACUAUAAAACACGGUCAAAGAGCAUUGCUACCUUCGAGACGUCCGGGCCCAACUAACUUUUUCAUGAAGUGGUAUAAGGGUGCAGAAAUCCGUUAUGAGCCACUGGGUGUAAUCAGCUCAAUCGUUUCCUGGAACUAUCCAUUCCAUAACCUAUUAGGUCCGAUUAUCGCAGCAUUGUUCACAGGGAAUGCCAUUGUAGUAAAAUGUUCGGAACAAGUUGUCUGGUCUUCGGAGUUUUUUGUCGAGCUGAUCCGCAAAUGUUUGGAUGCUUGUGACGAAGAUCCGGAUUUGGUUCAAUUAUGCUAUUGUUUACCUCCAACGGAAAAGGACGAUUCCGCGAACUAUUUCACCUCUCAUCCUGGUUUCAAACAUAUCACUUUUAUAGGUAGUCAACCCGUGGCGCACUAUAUCCUAAAAUGUGCUGCCAAAUCGUUAACUCCCGUAGUUGUAGAGCUUGGUGGUAAGGACGCCUUUAUUGUCCUGGAUUCAGCUAAGAAUUUAGAAGCUUUAUCCUCCAUCAUCAUGAGGGGUACUUUCCAGUCAUCUGGUCAGAAUUGUAUUGGUAUUGAGAGGGUUAUUGUCAGUAAAGAAAAUUAUGAUGAUUUAGUCAAAAUCUUGAAUGACCGUAUGACAGCAAAUCCACUACGCCAAGGGUCCGAUAUUGACCAUUUGGAAAAUGUUGAUAUGGGAGCAAUGAUAUCUGACAACAGAUUCGAUGAGUUAGAAGCUUUGGUUAAAGAUGCCGUUGCAAAGGGAGCUCGCUUACUUCAUGGUGGUUCUCGCUUCAAACAUCCAAAAUAUCCACAAGGUCAUUAUUUCCAACCAACUCUUUUAGUAGAUGUCACUCCGGAAAUGAAAAUUGCACAAAACGAAGUGUUUGGUCCAAUUUUAGUUAUGAUGAAAGCUAGGAAUACUGACCAUUGUGUUCAACUAGCCAACUCUGCACCAUUUGGUCUAGGUGGCUCUGUGUUUGGUUCGGAUAUCAAAGAAUGCAAUUAUGUCGCAAAUAAGCUACAGACUGGUAAUGUAGCAAUUAACGACUUUGCUACAUUUUAUGUUUGCCAACUACCAUUUGGUGGUAUUAAUGGAUCAGGUUACGGUAAAUUUGGUGGUGAAGAAGGUCUUUUGGGUCUGUGCAACGCCAAAAGUGUCUGCUUUGACACUUUGCCAUUUGUCUCUACUCAAAUUCCAAAACCAUUGGACUACCCUAUUCGUAACAAUGCUAGGGCUUGGAAUUUUGUGAAGAGCUUCAUCGUAGGUGCUUAUACAAAUUCCACCUGGCAAAGAAUAAAGUCACUGUUCUCUUUAGCUAAAGAGGCCAGCUAA